CUUGAAGAUGGUUUGCGAAAGACGAGCUCUGGUCUGGUCUCAUUUCGUUCUUCUGAUUGACAGAGAUCGCUCAGAACUGGGAAAGCAGCGUAAUCGGAUUAUUUGAAGGUAGGGAGUGAAUUGAGUUUUGGUCAAGAUGUCUAUGGUUGAUGAGCCUUUAUACCCGAUUGCCGUGCUUAUCGACGAGCUAAAAAACGAUGAUAUUCAGCUUAGAUUGAACUCUAUUAGACGGCUUUCUAUCAUUGCUCGUGCUCUUGGAGAGGAGAGGACAAGGAAAGAGUUGAUUCCGUUUCUUAGUGAGAACAAUGACGAUGAUGAUGAGGUGCUUUUGGCUAUGGCAGAAGAGUUGGGGGUUUUUAUUCCGUAUGUAGGAGGGGUUGAGUAUGCACAUGUUUUGCUUCCACCUUUGGAGACUCUCGCGACCGUUGAGGAAACUUGCGUGAGGGAAAAAGCUGUAGAUUCACUUUGCAGAAUUGGUGCUCAGAUGAGGGAGAAUGAUUUGGUUGAGCAUUUCACUCCUCUGGCUAAGCGACUUUCAGCUGGUGAAUGGUUCACAGCCAGAGUAUCAGCAUGUGGGAUUUUCCAUAUUGCAUACCCAAGUGCCCCAGAUCCGCUAAAGACGGAGCUAAGAUCAAUAUAUGGUCAGCUUUGUCAAGAUGACAUGCCAAUGGUGCGCAGAGCUGCAGCAACCAAUUUGGGCAAGUUUGCUGCUACCAUUGAAUCAGCUCAUUUGAAGACAGACAUUAUGUCCAUGUUUGAGGAUCUUACGCAAGAUGAUCAAGAUUCGGUUAGAUUAUUGGCUGUUGAGGGUUGUGCUGCUCUUGGGAAAUUGUUGGAGCCCCAGGACUGUGUCGCACACAUUCUUCCUGUGAUUGUGACUUUCUCGCAGGAUAAGUCCUGGCGUGUGCGUUAUAUGGUUGCAAAUCAGCUCUAUGAACUUUGUGAAGCUGUAGGACCGGAGCCGACUAGGACGGAUCUGGUGCCUGCAUAUGCUCGUCUACUUCGUGAUAAUGAGGCUGAAGUUCGGAUAGCAGCUGCUGGAAAAGUUACCAAGUUUUGUCGCAUUUUAAACCCUGAACUCGCUAUCCAGCACAUUCUUCCCUGUGUAAAGGAAUUAUCAUCAGACUCUUCUCAGCACGUCAGAUCUGCAUUGGCAUCAGUUAUAAUGGGAAUGGCUCCAGUCUUGGGUAAGGAUGCAACAAUUGAGCAUCUUCUUCCAAUCUUUCUUUCUCUAUUGAAAGACGAAUUUCCUGAUGUACGCUUAAACAUUAUCAGCAAACUUGACCAAGUGAACCAGGUUAUUGGUAUUGAUCUACUAUCACAAUCAUUACUACCAGCCAUUGUAGAACUUGCUGAAGACAGGCACUGGAGAGUACGUCUGGCUAUAAUAGAGUAUAUUCCCUUGUUGGCCAGUCAAUUAGGUGUAGGCUUCUUUGAUGAUAAGCUUGGUGCUCUUUGCAUGCAAUGGUUACAAGACAAGGUUCACUCAAUCCGUGAAGCUGCUGCAAACAAUCUUAAGCGUCUUGCUGAAGAGUUUGGUCCUGAAUGGGCAAUGCAGCAUAUAGUUCCUCAGGUUCUAGAGAUGAUUAACAACCCACACUAUCUCUAUCGAAUGACGAUUCUUCGUGCAGUAUCGCUUCUCGCUCCAGUAAUGGGAUCCGAGAUCACAUGUUCCAAACUCUUGCCUGCGGUAAUAACUGCAUCUAAAGACAGAGUUCCAAACAUCAAAUUUAACGUGGCCAAAAUGAUGCAAUCUCUUAUUCCGAUAGUCGACCAAGCGGUUGUGGAGAACAUGAUACGGCCAUGCCUAGUGGAGCUAAGUGAAGACCCAGACGUUGAUAUUGUGUUCGAGAAAACGUUGCAAUCUGCUGGUCCAGUUACUCUAGAAGAAGUUAAAGACUUAAGUGCUAAGCGUAAAGUUAUCGAAGAAACAGUAAACAAAACCAGCAAAGUCACUGAUGCAACUACAAUAGGACUAACCUCUGCUUGUGAACAGGAUCUUCAUAGACUUAGACAAUACCUUCCGUUACUCUUUAACUUGGUUCAUUACACCGAUAAGAUAAAGCGGGUUUCGAAUCUUAAGAUAAGAUGGAGUAGUGGAUUGAUCUCUCAGACCUUGAUUCAGCGUACAUGUCCGAAAUUCUUCCAAGUCGAUAACAUAAUGUUCGAGCUUGGGAUGGUUCGUUUCGUUUACGCAGUUAAACUCCGUGAGAGAGCAAUGGAACUAGUAUCCACAGAUUUUAAGAACUCGGUAACAGUUUACCGAGAAGCAUCUGGAGUUUUCCAUCAUCUCUCUCAUGAGCUUCUUCCUUCAUUACAACUUUGUCUGCCUCCAGGGAAGCUUCCGGAACUAACUUCUCCGCUUUGCUCUUGUUUGAGUCUCCUCUGUUUAGCUGAAGGUCAGGCUGUGACUACAGAGAACGCAGAAGAAAGCGGCAGAAGUGCAAGCCUGUUGUCGAAACUGCAUUUCGGAAUUUCUCAACUUCUUUCUGAAGCCUAUUCUCUUUUGUCAUCUAGACCAAACGGAGAAUAUAAAGACCUAUCGACCCGCUUUCUCGAGUAUGUAACAACAAUGGGAGCUUUACACGAGCUAAAGAGCCAAAAACACUUAGCGGAAGUGCUGGAAUCCGAAGAUCGAGUAGGCGAAGCGGUUGGGGUUCUCAGACGUGCCUUAGCAGCGGCGAAGAAGAGUACGCCGUCGAAAGAUGACAAGUGGAUAUCAAUAUUCAAGAAAGAGAGAGAGGAAGUAGCUAAAAACAUGGCUAAGUAUGAGGAGCUAAACGAUUCUAUGAUGUUACAGAAGAUUCCAAUUGAUAGAGAGAUACCUUUUCCAAAAGGUGUGAAGAUUGUUAAUCUCAUUCCUUAUACUCCCAAAAGAUUGGAACGAGAACUUCGAUUUAAGUCUUAGAAGAAGAUUCACCAACUGUGUGAUAAAUUUUUUGUUUGGUUCUUUUGAGUUUGGAGAAGAGAUUUAAGGUGUGUGAUAUGUGAUACGAUUAUUUGCCAUCAGAUCAAAAGUUUCUGAUUGUGCAAUAAUAUCUUAAUGCAUAU